AAUCUAUAGGGGUAACAUCAGGAAAAACAACAGGGGUAACAACUGCAGCAACAGCAGGGAUAACAUCGGUGCAAACUACAGGGGUAACAUCAGGAGAAACAACAGCAAUCACAACUACAGCUACCACAGGGGUAACAUCAGGAGACACUACAGGGGUAACAACUAUAGCAACAAAGGGGCUAACAAAAGCAUCAACAACAGGGGUAACAUCAGGGCACUCUAUGGGGGUAACAACUGCAGUAACAACAGGAAUAACAUCAGGGAAAAAUACAGGGGUAACAACUAUAGCAAUAACAGGGGUAGUAUCAAUGCAAAGCAGUGGAGAAAUGUCAGUAGUCACAACAUCUUCAAAAGAAACUACAGGAGUAACCACUGCAGCAACAACAAGUCUAACAUCCAGGCAACCUACAGGGGUAACAACUGCAGCUACAACAGGGGUAACAUCAAGACAAAGUACAGGGGUAUUAGCUGGAGAAACCAAAAGGGUAACAAUUUUAGCAACAGGAGGGAUAACAACUGGACAAAUAACAGGAGAAACACUGGGGCAAAUUACCAGGAUUAGCAAUCAGGCUAUACUAAGAGAACCAGGAAAGACAACAGUGGUAACCAAUAGUACAACAACAGAGGGUAUGGAUGGAAAAACUACACGUGUAAAAAAUGCAUUUUUAACAACAAAAAUCAAAGCAGCAUCUAUAGUGACUAGAAUGGAAAGUUCAAUGACAGUGACACCAACUGGAUCUGUUGCAAAUUGCACAACUCAACAAUGUAAAACUGCAGGCACAACCAAAGAACUACACCAGACAACGCAUUCCACAGCUAUAAAUCCGUCUACUGAGCCAGUUCAUGCAGUGAAUACCUCUAUCCAAACAACCACUGCAAGGAUAAACUCUACUACAACCAUAUCAACAAAUAACAUACCAGCACUUUUGAAAGACUUUAUCAACUGGGAAAUUAUUCUGACCUGCCUGGCAGUGAUAUUUGGGACGAUAUUGCUUUUACUCCUGUGCUGUCUAAUGCUAGCGAAAAAGAGGAGGCGAUCCUCCGACUUGCCAUUGUACAGAAUUCACAGUGUGUCAUCUCAGCAUGAAGGGAUCACACAACCUAUAAGUUAAACUAUCACAUUUCUUCCAAUAUGGCUGGAGGUUUAACCAAGGGACCAGUUCAACAACUGUUGGGUUUUACGUUGGCCACCACUCUCUCCCUGCCCGGAUUGUCUACUACAAUUUGCUACAUUUUCUAAAAUCUAAUGUUCUGAUGAGACAGAGGAGGAUAACCACAUCAUGUAUAAAUAUGUAUAAUUAAUUUUAGCUGAUGUUAAAUAUGUAAAUACAUAGAUGUAAUAAUUUAAAUUGGUAUUUUUGAGUAUAUGUUUGUGUGUCUGUUUUUUCUUUGUUUUUUAGCCUAACUCAUAGCCAUGCUACAUACAGUGCCCUUGGUUUUUAUGUAGAUCCACAUUUUUGUUUCUUGACAUAUUUUAUUCAGAUUAUUCAAAGUUAAUUAUACUCAAACACAUUUAAAGGGACUCUCUGUGAAUCAAAGUGACAGCUUAUCACCAUCAAUAUUACUAUUAGUUUUUAUUUAUAAAGUGCAGCGGUUUUCCACAGUUCUUAACCUGUACAUUAACUUGUGUGUAGGUAAAGGGUAACUGUGUAUGGGCAUAAACCUUUACCAUUGAUACCCAACCAUUUAUUCCUGAAAUGAAACACAACAAACUUGCUUUGGAGU